UCAGCCCCAACUCGGAGUCCUGCUGCGAUUCGGAGGGUUUGCGGGUCGAUGAAUGUGCCUGUGUUUGGUGAUGGGUAUGCAUGUAACCAUUGUCCAGACUCGGGCCGGGACACUGCCAGGAGCCUUGCGCGGUCUUUACCCGAGGACGUAUGGAGUAGGGCUUUCAGGACAGUAUCACAGGCUAUGUUAUCCCAAGCUCUCUGCCCUUUAGGUCCGGAAGGUAUUUUUAAGUUUAGUCCAGCUACCCAGGCAUCCUUGGCCUCCUCCAUGCACGCGAUCUCCCAGUUUGAUGCCGCUGGGGCAUUGAGGAUUUUACCUGCGAGAUCAGACGUGCUAUGGAUUGAGGACAAGAAUGCCGGCAGAGCGACACUAGAUAUUUUGCGUGUUCCUAAACCGCCGAACUUAAUGGGCAAAGACGCCUGA